UGAUAGAUGUGAUGUUAGAAAGGAGAACAUUAUUAUCACCAUUAGGUUUAUUUUUUACAUGUUAUUUCGUUACCGUGAGGUCCGGCUGCUCCCGGUGAUCUCUCUCCAUUUCAGGCUGACGUCUUGAGCUCAGCGCGAUGGUGGAUUUGUCCGAAAGUGGUGCAGUGUCUCCGGGACACGGCAGACACGGACAGGGCUCCGGCAACAACGGGAAGAAAACGUCGAAAAAGGCGCGAACGAGAAGAGGAAAACGAGGCAGGAGAAGACGGAAUAAAAAGAACAACAGGAACAACAAAACACCACCACCGUAUUUACCACCGGAGGCUGAAGAAGGAAACAUUGAAUAUAAGCUGAAGCUGGUGAACCCCACCCAGUAUCGCUUCGAGCAUCUGGCCACGCAGCUCAAGUGGCGUCUGCAGGAGGGCCGCGGCGAGGCCGUCUACCAGAUCGGAGUGGAAGACAACGGCCUGCUGGUCGGCCUGACGGAGGCCGACAUGAAGGCCUCGCUCAAGACCUUAAAGAGGAUGGCGGAGAAAGUCGGGGCCGACAUCACUCUGCUCCGAGAGAGGGAGGUGGACUACGACUUGGACAGAAACACUCGGAAAAUCGCAGAAGUCCUGGUUCGAAAAGUUCCUGACGAUCAGCAGUUCCUGGACCUGCGGGUGGCGGUGCUGGGGAACGUGGACGCGGGGAAGUCGACCCUGCUGGGCGUCCUGACGCAGGGCGAGCUGGACAACGGGCGAGGCCGAGCGCGGCUCAACCUCUUCAGGCAUCUGCACGAGAUCCAGACCGGGCGCACGUCCAGCAUCAGCUUCGAGAUCCUGGGCUUCAACAGCAAAGGAGAGGUCGUGAACUACAGCGAGUCUCGGACGGCGGAGGAGAUCUGCGAGAGCUCGUCCAAGAUGAUCACCUUCAUCGACCUGGCCGGACACCACAAGUACCUGAAGACCACCAUCUUCGGCCUCACCAGCUACUGCCCCGACUUCGCCAUGCUGGUGGUGAGCGCCAACACCGGCAUCGCCGGUACCACCCGGGAGCACCUGGGCCUGGCGAUGGCGCUGAAGGUUCCCAUCUUCAUCGUGGUCAGUAAAGUGGACCUGUGUUCCCGCGGCACCGUGGAGCGAACCGUCCGACAGCUGGAGCGAGUCCUGAAGCAGCCGGGCUGCAACAAGGUCCCCAUGGUGGUGUCGAGCCCCGACGACGCCGUGACCGCCGCGCAGCAGUUCACACAGUCCUCAUGCAUCACGCCCAUCUUCACCCUGUCCACUGUGUCUGGAGAGAGUCUGGACCUGCUGAAGGUUUUCCUGAACAUCCUCCCUCCACUGAGCAACAGCAAGGAGCAGGAGGAGCUGAUGCAGCAGCUCACAGAGUUCCAGGUGGAUGAGAUUUACUCCGUUCCUGAUGUCGGGACUGUGGUGGGAGGAACUCUGUACAGUGGCGUGUGCAGGGAGGGCGAGCGGCUGGUGGUCGGCCCCACGGACGAGGGCCGUUUCCUGCGUCUGAAGGUGGGCAGCAUCCAGAGGAACCGCUCGGCCUGCAGGGUGCUGAGGGCCGGACAGGCCGCCACGCUGGCGCUGGGGAACUUUGACCGCUCCCUGCUGCGCAAGGGCAUGGUGAUGGUCAGUCCCAAGAUGAACCCGACCAUCUGCUGUCAGUUCGAAGCCGCCAUCGUCCUGCUCUUCCACGCCAAGACUUUCCGCCGGGGGUCACAGGUCACCGUGCACGUGGGCAACGUCAGGCAGACGGCCACCGUGGAGUGCCUUCACGGAAAGGACGAGCUGCGCACCGGCGAGAGAGCCGUGGUUCGUUUCCGAUUCAUCAAACACCCGGAGUACCUGCGACUGGGCGCCAAGCUGCUCUUCAGGGAGGGCGUCACCAAGGGCAUCGGCCACGUCAGCCGCCUGCUGCCCCCCUUCCAGAACCACGACCAGAACCAGAACCAGAACCACGACCAGAACCUGCAGGAGCAUUAAAGACUCCUCCUUCAUCCCGCACAGCUGGAUGGACAGAUGUCGAGCUCCGUGAGAACUUUGGACGUCAUCGAUCGGGUUUACUCUCCCGCCACAUGUCGGCACAUUAAUCCGCCUGUCCUGGAUCCAUAGUCACGUCCUCAUGCGCUCCUGCUGCGUUGUCACGGCGUCCAUCAUCAUCAUCUUCUCCUUCCUCCUCCCAGCUGAUCUCGUGGACUGAAGCCUGCCGUUAAUCUGAUGUUGUGCCACAGAUUUAAGAUUUAAGAGGCUCGUCUUCAUCAGCGCCGCUGCCGUGUGAAGGCGCCGGAUUAUUUCUGUGGAGGAUUUGACAAACGGGUUUAAAGUGGCGUGGCGAUUAUUUCUUGAGUGCAAGGAACCCCCCCCAACGGUGGAUUUUUUGACAAUUUCCCGUUUUUCAUUUUCACUCCGGCGUCAACUUUGACGAACUUUGAUGUGAAUUUGCAUCGUUGAUCGUUAUCAAUCGUCUCCAUGGUGACAGAAACAAAGACAUUAGCUGUGUCCCAGGUCAGGUGGAACUGGUCGACGGAGGAUUUUCUGCUUUAUGACACCAGCUGUGCCCGCCCCUUACCGCAAAGCAUGGCUCCUGUCACCUAGCAACCUCAACACGCAACUUUUUUUUUUUU